ACGGGUUCUGGAACGCUCAGACGCCGCGCGGGCGGGGAUUGGUCCGUCUUCCUCCGUGGGUUCCUCGUAGUUCGCGGUCUCUGUCCCUGGGACACCUGCGCUCUCCGCCCGUCCGGCUGAGCAGGGAUUCCCUGCUGCUCUCCCUCUCGCCUCCCAGUUCUUAGGGCGCAGAGAAAGGCUGGGCGGUCGCGUCUCCCGCCCCCGACGGGACCCCACUUCUCGCUGCUGAGCAGUCGCCGAGCGAGAUGAGCGCGGACGCGGCAGCCGGGGCGCCCCUGCCCCGGCUCUGCUGCCUGGAGAAGGGUCCGAACGGCUACGGCUUCCACCUGCACGGGGAGAAGGGCAAGGUGGGCCAGUUUAUCCGGCUGGUGGAGCCCGGCUCGCCCGCUGAGAAAGCGGGGCUGUUGGCUGGGGACCGGCUGGUGGAGGUGAACGGCGAGAAUGUCGAGAAGGAAACCCACCAGCAGGUGGUGAGCCGGAUCCGCGCCGCGCUCAACGCGGUGCGCCUGCUGGUGGUGGACCCCGAGGCUGACGAGCAGCUGAAAAAGCUCGGCGUCCAGAUCGGGGAGGAGCUGCUGCGCGCCCAGGAAGGGCCAGGACAGGCCGAAUCGCCGGCCGCCACCGAGGGGCAGGGAACUGGCGCCGAAAAUGAAUCGCGUGAGGCCGAGAAGAGCCAGCCGGAGCGGCAUGAGCUUCGGCCUCGACUCUGCACCAUGAAGAAGGGUGCCAACGGCUACGGUUUCAACCUGCACAGUGACAAGUCCAAGCCAGGCCAGUUCAUCCGGGCAGUGGACCCAGACUCCCCGGCCGAGGCCUCCGGGCUCCGGGCCCAGGACCGCAUUGUGGAGGUGAAUGGGGUCUGCAUGGAGGGCAAACAACAUGGGGACGUGGUGGCUGCCAUCAAGGCUGGAGGGGACGAGACCAAGCUGCUCGUGGUAGACAAGGAAACUGAUGAGUUCUUCAAAAAGUGCAAAGUGAUCCCAUCUAAGGAGCAUCUGAAUGGUCCUUUGCCUGAGCCCUUCACCAAUGGGGAGAUACAGAAGGACAACAGUCGGGAAACCCUGCCUGAGACAGCCUCAGAGAGCCCCAGGCCAGCCCUGGCGAGAUCCACCUCCAGCGUUACCAGUGAGGAGCUAAAUUCCCAAGACAGCCCCAAGAAACAGGACUCCACAGAGCCCUCGUCUACCUCCUCCUCUGACCCCAUCUUGGACUUCAACAUCUCCUUGGCCAUGGCCAAAGAGAGGGCCCACCAGAAGCGCAGCAGCAAGCGGGCCCCGCAGAUGGACUGGAGCAAGAAAAACGAACUCUUCAGCAACCUCUGAGCACCUGUCCACCAGCUGCCAGCCCCUAUCUGACCUCCUCCCCCACCCGUUCCCCAACUGCCCACCAAUCGACGUUUAAAUCAGCACCAGCGUCUCCCUUGAUGAAUCCGAUUUCCCUAGAAACUUUGUCCUUCUCUUACCUUAGGGAAGGCGACUUUCUGUUGUCCGUUCCAAUCACAGAGCAGAUUCUGUCUCCCCCUUCCUGAGGGCUUAAUCCUACCAGUUGUUACCUUGCCACAUGCCUGGGACAUCAAGGAUUGUGGAGCCAGGCCAGAGGCCAUCCUCCUUCAUGACCCCAUGUAAUGGCUGGGUCUGAGGCCGAGCAGGAAGCUGACUGCAGCAAUCCCUGCUCACCAUGGACAGGACUCCCAUCCUGGGAGAUGCGGCUUGGGCAUUUUUUGUUCAUUUGAUUUUUUUAAGAGUACAGUAUCGCAGAGUUUAGAGGGAUUUUUGUUCUUUGAUUCUCAUGAUUUUCCUGGUUGUUGCAUCUGGGACAUGGCAGUAGCCUCACCCUGAAAUUUUUGUCAUCCCCCCCUCCCCUGCCACACACACAACACACCUGGGCAGCCUGGGGAGGGCUUGGCUGCCCACUGCCCUUCCCUGAGCCAGGCACCACCACUGU